GUAAUCAGUCAGAUAAGUGUGUAAUAAGGUCAGGGUGUGUGUGUUAACAUGAUACUGGUUUGUAAUGUUUUUCAGUGUUCAGAUUUAUUUGUUGGAAUUUGUCCUGUGUUUCAGGUCCGGAAUGCUUCUAAAUGGUUUGUAUAACACAAGAUCAACGUCAUGCAGAUGUCAGAAGGAUGGUACCUGUCUGUCAUUGGAUUUGUCAUCAGUAUUGACACUCUGAUGCUGAUGAUUCCUGAAUUGCUCCAAGUACAGCGGUAUGUGCUCACCUACAGGUUCAGCCAGGACCACUUGGAGCUCCUAUUUAAUUCCAUCAGAGCAGCAGGCGGUUGGAAUAACAAUCCAUCUACACGCCAGUUCUUCUGCCGUCUAAUGGUCCGGUGCGGUGUCUCACCGAGUGAGACCGGCAAUGUGGCUGCUCAAGAUGACACGGUGUCCCUCUCUGCUGUAGAGAUGUCCACAGCAGAAACUACAGAGGAGCACCCAUCUCCAUUCGCCAACAUUUCGGCUCUCUUGUGUGACCACAGCUAUCUUCCCACUCGGUUUGGUGGUCUGGUGGAAAAUGCUCUUGUCUACAUAGCAGGGUUUGUAGUCCGGCAGAUUCUCCAAAAACUGUCCUGUGAUGUGUGCCGUGCAAGCUUGGUCAGAGAUGCUGUACCAUCAUCAUUUGAUGAGAGCUACCCUCUUUUAGCCCUGAAAAACAACUGCGGCUUAGUAAUUCCAUCACAUGGCACAGUAAAGGUGCUAAAAGCUGCAGAAAGGGUCAUUCGCCAGGCUUCAACAAAGCAAGCUCCAAAGGUGUCAACAGUCACACACAUAGUCCGGGAAGAGAUUGGAACGGACGGCGUUUUUCUGCUUGGGCAGCACAUUGAGGAGACACAGUUUGGUAUUGACAACCAUCAUUCCAACUUGUUGUCAUUAUUUGUGUCUGUGUUUCUCAACAUAAGGCUGCACCACGGUGCCAAACUGACCACCCUUGAACUGCAAAAAGGUAGCACAAGGAAAAAAAGGAGCAAAACAGUCCUCUUUCCGGGGUUUUAGCUCUAAAACCUCUGUGUGAUACUUUGUACAUUUGUAAAUAUGGUUUGAGAUGAGGAUGAUGUGUUCAUAUGUUAACUUGAGAAUAUACAUGUACAUUACAUUUUAUUCUCUAUGUGCUUUGUACAGCCUUAAAGGCUUCUCUUUUUCUCUGUGUAGUAAAUCAUUUUCCAUUUCUCUGGUAUAGAUCUUUAAUCUACAUUUGUAUGAAUGAUAUUGAUACGCUGUAUAUGAUUUGUAUGUUUUCCGUUUUUCUAAUCAUACAUCUUACAUCCUAUGUGUAUAUAUAUGAUUGAUAUUGAUAUGCUGAUGUAUUCAUGUUUUCCUUUUAUUUAAAAUGUAUAUAUGUAUAUAUAGAGAUAGAAAGAAAUAAAGAUAGACAGAUACAGUAGAUAUAGAGAUACAAUAGAUAAAUAUAGAGAUGGAUACAGAUAAAUUACAUAUAUAUGAAUUAAACUGAUAGUUCACA